UGUGUCUAUCGUGUAUCUCCAAGGACAGCAGCGAUAGCGACGACGAUAUGGCGGCAGCGGCGGGAGCGUCGUCGAGUGCAAGCGCAAGCCGGCCUGCUGCCAAGGCGCUUAAGCUCAACAGCAACAACCUGGGCGCAUUCAAGAUCUCGAAGCUGUUCGGGGCGCCGCUCAUCGAUGCCGGCAGGAGCGUGACCAGCGUGGGCUUCGACGACCGCGGCGACUACCUCGUCUCGGCCUCGGACGACGACAAGAUCCACAUCUGGGACUGCAACAAGGGGAGGCACGUCAAGACGCUCUACUCGAAAAAGUACGGCGUCCACCUGGCCCGAUUCACGCACAAGAGCACGGCCGUCAUCUACGCCAGCAAUAAAGAGGAUGACACCAUCCGGCACCACUCGCUCAUCGACAACACCUACCUGCAGUACUACCGCGGCCACAAGUCAAGAGUGACGUCGCUGCAGAUGUCGCCCAUCGACGAUACCUUCCUUUCGGCCGCCAAGAACGAGGCCGUACGGUUCUGGGACCUUCGCACUCCACAAUGCCAGGCCAUGCUGCCGGUGCAGGGCCACCCCGUCAUCGCGUACGAUGCCUCGGGCCGUGUCUUUGCUAUUGCCCUCAACGAACGGCCGUCUGUGUCUCUGUACGACGUGCGCAAUUUUACCGCGAGACCAUUCCUGGUGAUUCCCAUCAGCGACGACGACUUUUUGAGCCAGUUCAGCAUGCCUCCACGCAUGCCUGUCAUCGCCUCUCUUGCAUUCAAUCCCAAUGGCCUGCUCCUCGUUGGCACCGCUGGAGACGUGCACUACGUCCUCGAGUCGUUCAAUGGCCACAUCCUCUACCGACUCCGCGGCCACGAGGGCCUGGAGCGCGUUCAGAACGAGGAUCUCAGCAUGGUGUCCGAGUCGGGCGCAAGUGGGCAAGAGUGCGGCUGGACGCCCGACGGAAAUUACGUCUUCUCCGGGUCACAAAGCGGCACGAUUCGCUUCUGGCACAUUCCCCACCACCAGGAGCAGCCAGCCGAUGCGCCAAGGCCAAUGGUGCAAAACGUGUCGCCGUCCGUGAGCCGCGAGGGACAUCAAGGAGCGUCGCGCGCGGUUGCAUUCAAUCCCAGGAGUGCCAUGAUGGUCAGCGGCGGGUCAAAGGUGGCCCUCUGGCUGCCCGAC